UAGACUAAAUCAACGUUUUCCAUCAUCAAGAAUCGGUCCAAAAAUAUUUAUAAAAUUUUGUUAUAGAUCCAAAAUCGAUUAUUAUUCUAAUCUUAUGCUAAUACCGACACUAUUGUAGUUUUCAUUAUUAACACGUCUUCACAAUUACUAAUCCAAAUUCCACUUUUUUUUAUUCUUUUAAAUAUUCAUUUUUUUUUACUAAAGUUGACUCCUCUAUUCAGCUUUUUCCCUCAGCUUACUUGCAGUUGCAAAAUCCGUUUAGGAUUUAUCUGCGGGUUAUAUUGAUCUUUCCGCUACUUCAGUAGUUUUACGAUCUGGGCUGCUAUUUAUUUCGAUACAAUUUGUGUUACUCGAGCAAAGAUCGAAUCUUUUUUAGUGGGUUAGUUUUAAAAUUCUCUUGAUCUGCGUUGCAGGCUUCUCGCAACUCUAUUUGGAUCUUAGUUCUGAUCGUAGGGGAGUGAGAAGGAUGAGAGAGAAGUUUGGAAUUUUAGUUUGUGUUUUAUUAGUUCUCUGCGGUUCCUGCUUGGGGAGAUUUCUAGUGGAGAAGAACAGUUUGAAGGUGACAUCACCGGAUUCAUUAAAAGGUGUUUAUGAGAGCGCGAUUGGGAAUUUUGGGGUUCCUCAAUAUGGAGGAACGAUGUCUGGCUCUGUUUUCUACCCUAAUUCCAAUCAGAAGGGGUGCAGUAGCUUUGAAGAUGUCGAAGCUUCCUUGAAGAAGAAGCCUGGGGGCAUCCCAAUCUUCCUUCUUGCUGAUAGAGGGGAAUGUUAUUUUACGUUGAAGGCAUGGAACGCGCAAAAUGGUGGAGCCGCAGCUAUUCUUGUGGCUGAUGACAGGAAUGAGCCUCUUAUCACUAUGGAUAAUCCCGAGCAAGAGGAUGCAAAUCCUGAUUAUCUGCAGAACAUCACUAUUCCAUCGGCCCUUAUCAGCAAGGAUCUUGGAGACAAAAUCAAAAAAGAAUUAGCUAAAGGAGAAAUGGUGAGUGUUAAUCUUGAUUGGAGAGAAGCCCUUCCACAUCCUGACGAGCGGGUUGAGUAUGAGUUCUGGACAAAUAGUAAUGAUGAGUGUGGCGCCAAGUGUGAAAGCCAGUUAGAUUUCGUCAGGGAUUUCAAAGGAGCUGCUCAGAUACUUGAGCAGAAAGGCUACACUCAGUUCAUUCCACGUUAUAUAACGUGGUACUGUCCUGAUGCUUUUAAGUCGAGCAAACAGUGUAAGUCGCAGUGCAUCAACCAAGGGAGGUAUUGUGCACCAGAUCCUGAGCAGGAUUUCAGCAAAGGAUAUGAUGGAAAGGAUGUUGUUGAGCAAAAUCUACGUCAAGCCUGCUUCUUUAAGGUGGCAAAUGAAAGUGGAAAGCCGUGGCAGUGGUGGGACUAUGUGACAGAUUUUUCAAUCCGCUGUCCAAUGAAAGAGAAGAAGUAUAAUAAAGAAUGUGCAGAUCAAGUAAUCAAGUCACUUGGAGUUGAUGUUAAGAAGAUAGACGAAUGCAUUGGAGACACAGAGGCAGAUCUUGACAACCCUAUUCUGAAAGCUGAACAGGAAGCACAGAUAGGAAAGGGCUCUAGAGGAGACGUUACCAUCUUGCCGACUCUUGUUGUGAACAAUAGACAAUAUAGAGGGAAGCUGGACAAGGGGGCGGUUCUCAAGGCCAUUUGUUCAGGUUUUGAAGAGACUACAGAACCUGCAAUCUGUCUGACUCCAGAUAUACAAACAAACGAGUGUUUGACUAACAAUGGCGGGUGCUGGCAGGAUACAAGUUCUAAUAUUACUGCUUGCAGGGAUACCUUCAGGGGGAGGGUGUGCGAAUGCCCUGUUGUGCAGGGAGUGAAAUUCUCCGGUGACGGUUAUACUCAUUGUCAAGCUUCUGGUGCGUUAAGAUGCGGAAUUAAUAAUGGAGGUUGUUGGAAGGAAACAAAGAAUGGACACACAUACUCCGCAUGCAUUGACGACCAUACAAAAGGUUGCAAGUGUCCACCUGGAUUCAAGGGUAAUGGAGAUAGUCAUUGUGAAGAUAUUGAUGAAUGCAAGGAAAAGUUGGCUUGCCAGUGUUCCGAUUGCAAAUGUAAGAACACCUGGGGUAGUUACGAAUGCAGCUGUGGUAGCAACCAACUGUACAUACAUGAGCAUGAUACGUGUAUAGGUAAAGAUUCUGUUGUUACAACAGAAUACAGUUGGAACUUCGUUGGGGUGAUUCUUCUCGGUUUGACUGUGGCUGGAUUUGCUGGAUAUGCUCUUUACAAGUACAGGAUUCGGGUAAGUCCCGGAUACAAGAUGUUUAAAUUUCGCACAAUUUUGAUUGUUGAAGCAUUUUUAAGGGAGUGUCUCUGCUUCCAUAUCCAAACAUAUGAGAGACCACGAAGGUUACUCUUGAAGAGACCUUGUGGUGGACCUGUUCUUCUUCCGUAACAUUGAAUGCUUGUGCAGAGGUACAUGGAUUCAGAGAUCCGGGCUAUCAUGGCGCAGUACAUGCCGUUGGACAAUCAUGGCGAGGUGCCCGAUCACACGCAUGUUUGAGUACACUCAUAUUGUAAAUUAGCAAAGCAACUCACAUUGCAUCGCCAUCGGUUUAUUUGGUUGUGUGAUGUUUGCUGCCGUUUGGCACUUUUAACUUAAUGAUUUGUGUACAUUUUAGAAUCUGGCUUACAUAAACUCCCACUCCUUUGGGAAAUUUUCGGUUAUAUGCAUCUAGUGAUGGCACUUUUGUGGUAAA